CAGUGUCACUGUACAAAAAUUUCAAAGACACUGACUAUAAAUCUAUUAUUUUAAACUCCAGUACAAUAAUUAUAUAAAGACAAAGUGUUCAAAUUUCAUCCAAAAUAUGUCUAGCCCUCGUAGUGACAAAUCAAAUGAAACCCUACCCACCACAGCCGAAGAACCUCGCCCAGCAAACCUUGAAGACAUCAAAACCAUUCUCAUCACCAUUGAAAGCUACAAGAACCUAACCCCAAUAUACCCGGUUUCGGAUAUAAAAUCUUCCUUAAAGUACCUAAACGAAGAUCUGGGUGAGACCAAUCUUGUUCCAGUGACAGACGAUGAAAACGUAACAGUUAUGCAAUCGUUUGAACUGAGAAUUGACGUGAAUUCUCCUAAAGACGUUGAUUUGCUGGCAUCUAAUCCGAUUUUCCUGACAGCGACGCAGUUUUCAGGCACUUUUGAUUCUUCGUUAUAUGAGCAGCUGAAGCCUGUGGAGACUAUAGUGUCAGAUGGGGACGUUGAGAGUUUGUUUAGUGCUUAUGAAGAAGUUCCUGAACAAAAGGAGGAGAGUGCUGUUAAAAAAGCAGUUGCAAAGAAAGAUAAGCCUCAGAAAGCCAACAAGAAAACUUCAGAAAAGGACAAAACAUCCAGAUCAAAAUCCAUCACAAGCAAAGCUUCCAAAAACUCGAAAAAAUCCAAAAAAUCAAAAGGUUCGACGAGCUCCGCUGCCACUACUAAAUCAACUGAAGCACCCAUUAAAUCAGAAGUUUACGGCAUGUGCACCCUAGACCUUAUCCCUCUAUUCUACGGUAAAACCACCUUUACAGAAGCCCUAUUACUUCAUCCCGUCAAAAGAACCAGUCAUUUAACCAGUACUUUCAAGAAUUAUCCCAAAGUAACCGUUACUGUAUCGGUAAAAGACGAAUCUAAGCUGGUAGAACCAGCAAAUAUUUUAAACUUCACAGCCGAGUCAAUUUUCUAUCCUCCUAGCUUGAUAGCAACGGAUAUGGACUGUAAAAUAAGCGUGAUGCUUCCCUUGGAACACCAAGGACAAGCACCUGUGGUUUUCCAGAACCCGAAAAUAUGUAUGAAACCACCCUCGAAGGAAAGUUACAAACGCUGGCCUUGUAUGCACGAAAUCGGGUACAAUGCUAACACCACCAAGUACUUCGUAGAUGAAGGUUUCGAUAAUAUCAAGAACAAGGAAAAAUUGAACCUAAAUCAAGCCUUUGAAGACUCAAACACUCGCAUCGAGUAUAACUACAUAAAAAGAAACGUCUUGUUCAGAAGUGGAUUGUGUGAAUUCAUGAAUCACUUAUACAGUUACAAAAAAAUAGUUUUAGAGCUGUUCGUCACUACUAAAACUAGGGCCAGACAUGAUUAUAUUUCCGAGGAUAUAGAAAAUAUGGAUUCCACCAGUAGAGGAAAAUCAAAGACAAAUCCCUAUUUACAUUUAAUGGCUAUUUUGGAUCUUUCAAGUUUAAUGUAUCCAGGGGUAACAAAAACACGCAUUGCAAGUCCAUUGUUAACAUUCUCGUUCGAAGAGGCUGCUAAAUUGGGACUGGAUAACUCAUUUUUUGCUCCUAAAUCUAAAGUUGAUGUUGCUUUGAAGAAAGGAGGAAAGCUUAAACAAGAAAUAAACAAAGGGAAAAAAGUUGUAGAGAAAAAAGAGCAAGCUUCUAAAAAAGAUAAAGCUUCCACUGUGAAAGAAGAAAAGAACUUAGCCAGUAAACUUCCAGCUAAACCUGAGGAACCUCUUCCACCUGAACCAUCUGUCCCAGUGUAUGACGAAGAAGGAAGACAGUGUUUUAUAGUAGUUGAACUCGAAUUCCUCAAGCCUAUUAGUCCAAAACGUGAUUUAGAGGAUAUGGAGGUUUGUUUGGAUGAUUUCCAAACGGAAGAUGUCAGUGUAUCGAAGACCAUUUUGAGCAAGAAGGUAGCUCAAGAUUUUUAUAGACAAACUAUUAAUGAUAUUAUAUUUGAUUUAAAUAAACAUUAUGCUGAGUACUCUGAAAAAAAGAUGUCAAUACCUCAAAAAGAUUAUGGUGAUUUUAUUAACUAUCUUCGUCUGAAUGGAUCUUAUAACACUUAUACAUCUUCUAUUAUCAAUGCUGCUACUUUGUUGGUUACUAACAAGUACAAAUGUCUGGAAGAGGAUCUGAAUAACAACAGGGCAUACCAGAAUUUGAUUUCGGAGGUUUUUAAUGAUCUUGUGUCGGAGAUGCAUGGCGUUUUGAACAGUUUGGUGUGUUAUGGAAUGAAGCCUUGUUUAAAAAAGAGUGAUAAGAGUGAAGACAGUUAUUUUCUGGCAAAGGAAGCUGCUGAAUUGAAGUAUCUGGAGAUUGCUGACAGAUAUUUCCUGGAGAGAAUAGUAAAUGACAGCGAAGACAAGGCAGAUUACUGGUUCGACUACGCCAUUUUCAACACAGAAAUCAACCAACCAGACAAAGCCUUCGAAUGUGUUAACACAGGCCUUCAAAAAAAACCUACACACAAAUACAGCUUGCUACUCCUCGGCAUUUUGCUCUGCGACAAAGACAGAACGCAGGAAGCGGAAACUUGCUUCCUGAACGUCAUGGUAAAGGCUCCAAAAUGGAUUGAAGGCUGGUGUGUCCUGUAUCUCUAUUACGAAAAGGUCUCUAGACAAGACGGUAUGGAUAUGGCCAUGGAUAUGGUGAAGAAAUACUCAGAACAUCCUCACGAAAUAGAUUACAUCACGGAGUUCGAGGAUUUGGCUUGGAGUUCCAAGAAUGUUCCGGAGGGGAUGUUCUUUAGGACGGCUGUUUUGUUGUUGAAAAUGAGGCUUUUCUCGUGGGUCGAGUUGGCUUUAGCUCAGGAGGUGACUGUUCCUAAGUACUAUGGUUAUGUAAAUUAUUUGUUGGCUGUGGGGUAUUAUUAUCAGAAGAAUUUUGAACAUGCGUUGGAGCAUAUCAACGAAGCCAAGGAGUUUCAAGGUAAUGAUUUUGCCAUCCAAAGCUUAUCAGGUCACAUCCUUUUCGCUCAAAACAACCUUAGCGAAGCCCAAGACGAAUACCUUCACGUCAUCAACUCCUUCGACCGUCCAGAUGACAUCCAUUUGGUCUACGUGAACUGUUCCAAAGUUCUAGAACUGACCGACGAUGACCAACAAGCCAGGAAGUUUAUACUGACCGCCUGCAAAUACCACCAAACGCCUUACGUUUGGUUAACAGCAGGGAAACUGUAUUUUAAGGAAAACGACAUGCUGAGUGCUGAAGAAUGCUUGACAGAGUCCAACAUGAAGGAUAAUAAGAAUGCUGAAGUGUGGGGUUAUCUUACUUUGGUUAAUUUGAAGUUGAAUAGGUUGGAGGAGGCUGAGCAGUGCUACCAGCAAGCUGUUAAGAAUAAUUUAAAAGAUGAGGAGUUGGAGUGUGCUAUAAAAGAGGAGUUUAGGAAGUUAAGUGCUCUUGAUUAAGACGUAUAAUUGAUGAAAUAAUAAAUAUAAUAAGUCUAAUGUAAAAAUCAAUAUUAAAGAAAAAACAAUAAACCUCUCAAUAAAAUUACCUGUAGUGUGUUUAAGACAGAUGCAAACACAUAUUGGACUCCCAUAUCUACCUACUACACUCAGAUGUAAAAAAGUGUUAUAUUUUUGUUAUUUUUAGCCCUAUUUUUUUGAAUUUUUUAGUAAGGUGUAUAUAA